AUCACGUUCAAACUUCAAAGCUGCCGGCUGCCUACAUAUGUACCUACCUAAGGAGGCACUUUUUCAGGAGCAAGACCAUUUAAGUUUUUUCCAAUUUUUAAUCUUUAACUACUAGUUAUUUCUAUUUCUAUUUCUAUUUCUAUUUCCACCGCAAGUCAUACAGGUACAAUUCAUCCAUAUUCUAAGAUUGAUACCGUGAUUCAACUUCCUACCCUUUCUAGUCUUUUUAGCGCUAUUGUUUAUUUAUCUCCGUGGUGCAUUAGUUACUAAUCGGUAAUUGGAUUCCUUUUCUGACGUUGGAAGACUUAAAACUGCCUUGCAGAUUUGUUGGACUCAGCGUACAUAUUUGGCUGCAUCUUUUUGUAUACCUAAGUGAGAGUUGGAUAAGCAGUCCUACUCAAAUAUCUAGACAAAGGAGAUCUAGAUCUAAGAAACCUAAGAGAAAAGAGGGUCAGAGAAAGGGGUUAGGUAAAAAGACAAGCCAGGAACGAAAACGCGAGGAAACAGACAGCGAUCAAAGAUGGCAGAACACCGGCCAACGCUGGUCAGGCCACCGCCUGUGGACAGCUCCAAGGCACCAAUUGAGAACGCCCUUGAGCUGACCGACUUAAGCAUUAUCGGACCUGAUAUCUUCACCAAUACGCGCGAGCUUUGGCACCCUCCUGGGGCGCGGGGUAUCUACGGCGGCGCCGUCAUCGCACAGACACUGGCUGCUGCGCAGCGUACGGUACCCCCGAACUUUGUUGUGCAUUCGUACCACUGUUUCUUCGUGCUAGCCGGUGAUUCUAGCAUCCCCAUUGUGUACUAUGUAGAGCGCGUCCGCGAAGGCCGCUCAUUCUGCACACGCACGGUGCAAGCGCGGCAACGAGGCCAUGCCAUUUUCACCGUGACUUGCUCGUUUGUACGCGAGGGCAGCGGCGGUGCAAAAUACGCCUCACAUGCAUCUGUCAUGCCGCCCGAUGCUCUGGCUCAAGCCCCGCCCGAUGACUACGAGGAACCCGAAUUCCGGCGCAAGGGCGGGCGUACCGACGACCCGUUCCAGAGCUUUCGAUGCAAGCCGACAGACACGCACAAGCCGCCUCACGAGCAGCGUGUGUGGCAGUGGGUUCGGGCGCGGGGCCGCAUCAGUGAUGAGGGCGGCCGCCGCGCGCACCUCAGCGCCUUAGCUUACAUCAGCGACUCAUACUUCAUCGGGACGGUGUCGCGCAUUCAUAAGCUCUGGCGGUACCAAAUCCCGUUCGAGGACGUACCAAAAUUGGACCCGGAGGUUCGCGAGCACCUCGAGCAGCUGAACGAGUGGGAGGGGUACGGCAAAAUUGACGACUACAAGGACCAGCCGGCUGUGGGCAUGAUGGUCUCACUCGACCACUCUAUCUACUUCCAUAACCCGGGUAAAGUACGCGCCGAUGAGUGGAUGUUCACCGAGAUGGAGAGUCCGUGGGCCAGCGACGGGAGGGGUGUCGUCACCCAGAAGAUUUAUAGCAAGGAUGGCACUUUGCUUGCUACUGCUUUCCAGGAGGGUGUUGUAAGGUUAAAGUCAGAUGACCAGGCUAAGAAUAAGUCGAAGCUGUAAUGGGAACACAUUAGACAUUGGGGUCGGGUCGGGAUCAGACCUAGAAUUAGGAGGUUAAGGGGAUAGAUAAUGAACCUCUUACCUUGGUAUGCAUACGGUAGUCAUCGUGGGACGAUUUGCUUGGGCGUGUGGCUAGGGUUAGGGAAAUCACAUAAGACAUAAUUUGAACUUGUUUUUCUUUAAUAGACUGCAGAUAGAUUAUCUAGAAUAGGUACCAAUAAUACCCGCUUGCUUGUUUGUGCCAUUGGCAAGGUUGUUGCGGGAAUAGUUGGCGUGAAUAAAGGGGGUUAGAUUAGAGACGGCUAGGGCGAAGAAACUUGACAGCAGUUUCAUCUCUCUCAUUUCCUAGGAAUCUAGGGGCGUCAACGAGUAGGGCAUGAAGAAGAACCCUCUCAAUUCCCAGUGUGAAGAAAGCCGAGGAUAGAAGAUGAGGUUCACGAUCGGACGGGCAAAGGGAACAAAUAGCAAAGGGUGUGAAGGGGUAGGAAACUCAUUUAUUGAUCCAUUAUUCGGCAAUGAUUCGGUCCCCUUGCCCCUUAUUUCUUUUCACCUAACCCACGCACUUCUUACCCUUGCAGCCUUAGAGGGCCCUGAUUCUAGCUACUCGAUGGAGAUAUCUCGGCGAUGUGAUGGGGCUCUCAGGGACGGAUC